GGUGAAAGCAACCCUCGGAGCCACACAGGCGUCUUAGAAAACAGUGCUCGCGGGGCAAGCCACGUUGAACGUCGUCCGCCGUGAAUCGCACGCUCGCUCGCCUCGACUUCCAAAUAUUUUCAUCCCCGUAAUAAAGAUACACGAGUUGUUGGUACAGGAAGUUUUGUUCAGGGUUAAUGAAACGAAUAUGGUGAUUCCUGAACAAGGACCAGCUGCCGGACGAUCGUUAAUAGAAGGUCCUUUGUGAUUUAGAACUGCUCCGACCUCCGUUCAUCCACUUCCCUGUACGUGACUCCAGUGACUUUUAAAAAUCGGUGAUCCAAGUGCCUGCUCGAGUGUCUCUGAUGCAGAGACACGAUACAUUUCACGUAGCAUUUCGAGCGAAGGAGCAAGGAUAAAGCAUGUUUGGAGAAUGUACGAUCUCGUCCUCCUGAUCCUCGAUCGAGCAAGGAGAAGAGAGGAACAGAGAAGCUGAACAGCCUCCGAAAGGAGCGUAUCAGAGCGAUCGAAUAAUACGAACGAGAAGGUCUGGCGUGAUUUAACGAGGAGGUAUGCCAGUUCGACCUCCGUGCACCACUUCCCGGUACGUGAGUCAGGAUCGCAGGAAUCGGUAGCCAUUUCGAGGAUGAGUGCAAAGAUAUCCCUGGCUGGCCGUGGUACGGCACAGUCAGCGGUGAACCAUCGUGGCAAAGCAUCGUCGGGCUUGUUGCUCGCCGGUACGUCUGUGAAAAGGCCCUCCUCGUCGAUGACCGUAGAGGUGACUGGCACCGAAGAAAGAGCCGUCAAACGAGCCGCUGUCCCAGAACUGGAAGCAUCAUCGCGUUGCUCUCGUCCGAACACUUUGUUAGAGAGAGGUAACAAUAUGCCUGCCUUGACGCGUGUCUGUACUACUGCCACUCUGCCCAGGAUCAAGAGAUUCAAAUUUGCAUCGAUCGCCUCGACGUCGUGCUCGCGUCUCGAUAUAACCACGACUGACGUCAAGAGCACGCAUCAGCAUCAACAUCAACAACAACACCAGUACCAUCGUCAGCAGUCAUCGUCGUCAACGAUGUCGACACUGGUGUGCUGCGAGCCGGUGUCGGCCUCUCGUUCCCGGGACAAUUUGAAGUUGGUUCUGAACCGAAGCCUGAGCGAGCCAGGUCCGCCAAUUGGUGCAUCGUCUUUCUUGUCCUCGCCUACGUCGAUCGUGUCGCCUAGCUCUUCGACCAGCAGCGGCGUCGACGUGGUGGACGGUAACGACUGCAACUUGAACGCAAGCGGAAGUAGUAUCAGCGGUUGCAGCACGUCGAGCAGCGGUAUCGAGUGCGAUUUGCCUUUGACCGACGUUCAUCGUCAUUACCAUCAUCUUCAUCAUCACCACUUCCAUCAGCACCAAUUGUCCGCCUCGAAACGUUGCAAACUGGAAACCGUCAGCCUUCCAUCGAGUCCUUGCUCGGAGAACAACACCCUGCAAAGGCAGCUGGUGUUGCAGAGGACUAAGACAAUCACCGCGGAUGACCUGGCACGUCGUCUUCUCGGCCACGAGGACAAUGCACCGGUUCUCCUCGACUGUCGACCCUUCAUCUUGUACAACGUGAACCAUGUCAGAGGUGCCAUCAACGUGAACUGCUCGGAUCGGUUCAACCGACGCAGGCUGCAAUUGGGUAAAGCGAGUCUUGCCGAUCUGGCUACCACCAGGGAGGGCAAGGAGCUGCUCAGGAGGAGACACUACAGGGAGGUGGUGGUCUACGACGACUACACCGACGACAUGGACCGACUGCCUGUCCAACACCCGCUGUUCCUGGUGCUGGUCGCCUUGCUGGAGGAUAACAGGGAGCCUGCACUUCUGCUCGGUGGACACAAGGAGUUUCACAGGCGGCACAGGGAGCUCUGCGAGGACACGCUUCUCCCAGCAGGCGGAGCUGGUCCAUCGACGGUCAGCGGUUGCCCCAGUCCAGGACCAGGUUGUCCAGUGUUGAGCCUGUCCGGACCACCGACACCCCAACCCGCGGACAUCGACAGUCAUCCAGCCUCUCGUGUCCUACCGUUCUUGUACCUUGGAAACGGUAGGGACGCAGCUGAUCUUCAGCUCCUCCGCGCCUUAGGCGCCACCAGAGUCCUCAACGUCACUUCCCAACUACCUGGUUACCACGAGGAGAGGGGUAUCACCUACAGACAGAUCCCUGCUUCGGAUUCCGGUCAUCAGAAUCUGAAGCAGUACUUCGAGGAGGCGUUCGACUUUAUCGAGGAAGCCCGGAAAGCCGGAAGCAGCGUGUUGGUUCACUGCCAGGCUGGAGUGUCGCGCAGUGCGACGAUCGCGAUCGCGUAUAUAAUGCGGCACAAGGGUCUGUCCAUGGUGGAGGCGUACAAGCUGGUGAAAAACGCGCGGCCCAUCAUAAGUCCUAACCUGAAUUUCAUGGGUCAGUUGCUGGAGCUGGAGCAAGGGUUGAGGGCGUCCGGUGGAGUGGCAUCCGCCCCAGAGGAGCCGAAGAGUUGUCACCAGUGUCGUUGGUCGCAUCAGCAGAACAGCGAGGAGGUCACGUCCGGUUGCAGCGUGUGAGGCGCCCCUACGGGGUAUGCAACAGGCACAGAGCCCGGUCUUUUCGCGACACUGGGUUUUCCAAGCAAAAAUCGAAAAAUCAGCCGAUGCACGAUUGCGAGGCGACAAGUGACAUCGCGCCGGUCAGCGCUUUGUCGAAAGACACUACACAAACACACAUAUCCUGUACAUCCGUACGAAUCGAACUCGCGUUCCUUCUUCCUGUUUCCUCUGCGAAGAGAACUCGGACUACACCACGUGCCUUGGCUGUCGCUCCCGGGAAACGGGAAAGGCUGAUUUACAAAGACACUUUUUAUUUUUAUUCACCGGAUAUGAAACGAGGAAGAAGAGGACGAGAGAGAAGCGUCGUUCGACCUUGGUAGCCGCAAGGGGCCUUCCGAGAUGAAAAAUUGUUCCGCGCGUUGUCGCUCAUUUUUGGACUGAAGGUGAUUGUCUUCGCGACACGCGCGCCCUACACGUUCGUCGACGUCACGAUCUCCACAUCCCGCUUAUUAUUUAUAUUUUUCCGAUGGGGAGAAGAAAGAGGAAGGACGUUCACGCGGCGCAAGUUACGGAAGCUUGGUGCGAUCGUCGUGAAAGGUGUACUUACGCGACAGUGUUCCGUAGUUAUGUUGGUACAAAUACAUGUAAGACUCGCGUUCGCCACGAAAAGUCGUGAAUUUCUUUUACGUGGGCAUCAUUUCUGUACACAGGCGAGAAUAUGUACAUUUAAUUUUAACGAUGCGGCGUUCGUUCUAUUGGGAAAGAUCUAUAUACACAAACAUACGUAAUGAUUUUACCGUAUUCGUUUUUUCUUUUUGUCGUUCGUUUCUGCUUUUACAUGUAUAUUUUUUUAAACACGUAAAGCGUUCUCGUUCAAAAGAGAUCAUUACUCGCGUUAUUUUAUUUUUUUGUUCUUUUUUUUUUGUUGGGUGCGUUUAAUAUUGACACCGUGUUUCGCAUCUGCGUUUAGGGAUGGGACCUUGGACAAGUACCUUAAAUAACGGGGAUACCGCUUGAAACGCUGUUUGCGCACGUAGAAUUGAACAGUUUCUGUAGUUUUAUGUAUAUAUAUAUAGCAUACACACACACACACACACGUGUAAUUCAUCUAUGUUCGCGAGAAUAAUUGCACCCGGGGGUGUAGAAGGGUUCGCCGUCGAGAAACGCGCGUGUAAGUGAUUAAAAACGAUGGUAAAUGUUCGUCGAUCGAGAUCAAUAUUAAUUAAUAUUUGCGUUUUCUUUUGCCUUUGCCUAUUUGUAUCACUGUAUUUGUAUGUUAUAUUAUUUGAUAGCGAAGUGGUUUAUAUUUGAUAAAAAUAAUAUAUCGUUCACUUGGAAUUAGCUUGACCACGAGCUCCGUAGCAUUUAAGGAUCUGGUUGAGAUCCAACCAUCGUGAUCUAGUCGUUUGUUGGGAUAUGUAAUGAUGAUAUGAUAUAAGCUGCGAAAGAGAGAAAGAAAGAUUGAGCGCAAGGGAGAGAUUCAGUUCAAAUGUGAGCCCGCCAACUAAUUAGAUUGUAACGUCGUCGACGACUCAAGGGGACAGGAUACGAUUUUUAAACCGGGAAUAAGAUGCCAAACACGGAUUUCUUUUUUCUUUUUCUCCUUUCGUUUUUUAGUUCGAAUUCGACGAGUUUCAGGCUUUGAGUGAAGUUCGAUGUAACGACCAAAUUUAUUAUUAUAUCGUCUGUUGAUCUUGAAACGUGUAUAUAAAUAAUAAACGUAACACACGAGCUACAUCGAGUUAAAGAAACAAAAUAAAAAUAGUAUUCAGAUCAUUUUGAUCGAUUGACGGUCAUCGAAUUCAAAUGAUUCGUGUACGAGAGAACUUUCUCCAUUGGUGGUUUCAUGGGUAUUUGAUCAAGUGUUGUGCAACACGAAUGCACACACGAAAUGCAACCUAUCGCUGUGUAUCUAUCUCAGGUUAUUCUCUACGGUAAUUGAUGAAGUAAAUAACGAUAAGAUUAAAGAAAAAGGAAAAUUCAUUUCAUCGAUAUUACUGUAUCGCGUGGGGGGAGAACUUCCUUCUUAUCCCACGCGUUUUUCACACUCACGAAUUGUUCGAGAUCGAUGUACCGUGCAACUCGAACGAAUUAUGUCACGGUAAAGAGAAAUUUCCAUCGACUUGAGAAGUUGUACGGGAAACGAAUAAACGUUUUCUCUUCUCGGCCAGCAUGAUUCGUUUGAGUCACCGAGAUGUGUGUAUUUAGCUUGUAAUCGCUUUUUACUUCAACCGAAAACGAGCAAUCCUCUCGUUGAUUCUCUAAUAAACUCACGAGUUAAUCGAUGUUCAAUUAAAAACGAGAAAGAUGAAUAUUCGUACGCGUGAUAUCCACUUCGAUCGUCAAUAUACCUCGAGCAAAUGGCCUAAAGGAUGUUAAUUGAACGCAAAACGUUGCGAGGAAUAUAUACAUAUAUAUAUACACAUAUAUAUAAGACCGACAAUCGUCGCCGCUGUUAAUCGAACCGAGCAGCCGUUGUAAAAUCACCGAGACCGAUAUGCCUUUCUACGUUUUAGAGACUCAAAACUGGUGACAAUAAAAGUAAAAACUCGAUAAGAGAAAAGAGACCUGUCGUGCGUGAAACAAUUAUUCGUUUCGCGACACAAAUUAUAGAUAAAUAUAUACGUAUGUAUAGCAUACGAGACAGAGAAAGUUCCUUCAGAUUCUCUAAUUCUUCUCGAGGAAACGGUACAUAUCAAAGAGACGUCGCCUUCAUUUCUUUUUUUUUUUUCUUGUAAAUCGCGAAGAGUCACGGAAAUAAAUCCACGUUGGCAUCCUAUAAGUAACGGAACGUCGUGACGCUUCGUGUGUAGACCUUUGUAAAAAGUGUAGCGAAUAGUGUUGUAAAUAACCGCAGAGCAAAGACACAGGCACUCGCGAAAAUAAAAGAUACCGAUCGACGCUGUAAUAGAUACUAUGGCAUCAAGAGGGAGUAACUACCGAGCACGCUAGGGAUCCCUAAGAGACAGGCGAUAUAGGGAACUUUCAGUCUUCUUUAGCGUUGUCGUUUUCCUUAGGGAAGGCCAGUGAGCUGGGCACUGUACCUGUUGCAUUGUGAGAAUAUAUGAUACGUAUGGUAGUGUUUAUGAGAGUAAGAAAAGGAUUUCAACAAUAAAAUGUGAGUCGAUCUGCGAUAAACAAUCGGUUUAACAUCGUCUUAGAACAGAUAAAGCAGAGCCUUAAAAUGGAAUAAAAUAUAAAAGUCUUAAGCGUUGCUCUUCUGUCGUUCUACAAAAUUUGAAUCUUAAAGUACUCAAUGUCACCGGAGUACUUAAUCUAUGCGAUCGAACAUGUUCCUAUAAGUUUAGUCUUGCUUUUGCCUAUGCGAUUGUGAUUUAUCGUAGAUCGAAGUAUCCUUCUUAUUGUUAAUGUUCUUUUCCACUGGUAUGUGCACUCUGGUGCAACGUAAGCUCCUCUUGGUAAGGUUAAGCCUAGGGGAAAAUAUCUCCUAUCAUUUACCUUCCUUUUAACCGAGGGAAACUUAAGUUGCACACAAUUCUACAUCUCCUGGUUUGCACACAACCAUACAUGAUGAUAUAAUCAGCUGUGUACACAUCUUAGGAUAGAUAGGAAGCGCGAGGGUGAUUCGUUAACAUUAUGGAAACAUUGUCAUACGAUCGGAUUCUUUUUCCUUCUUUUUUUAAUGUACAGCCGAAUAUAACGUAAAAUAUACGCAUACGCGAGGACAGGAACCAUUGUAUCAUAUCAAAAUUGAAUUAGAAAAUAUUUUAUGAAUAAAAGUGUAAAUCGCACACGCUUGCGGUCGAUUUGUUUUCUCAGCAAA